AUGAGCAGCGAGCCUCUGCAGCACUUCAGGGCCUUCAUCACGGAGAGCUUCACCGCGGUGGCCGUCAAUGUGUUCAACGAAGUCCAAAACCUGGUCCAGACCUACGAGGAUGAAAACAAGCGACUGCGGAGUCUCCUCAACUCGGUCCUGCUCCCAGAAGUGCAGCUGUCCCGGAUCGAUGUUGGGACCGGAGGGUCCAGCCUCACAGCUCCACAGAGCCAGAGCCAAGCGUUUCCAGAGAUUGUGUUCAAAGAGGAGCAGAUGGAGUGUGUGAUCAGUGACGACGUGGUCAAACCCGAACCAGACCAGAACCCAGUCUCAGGUCCUUACAGGUAUUUAUCCUCCACACGCACAUCCAGAGCCAACAGCCCUGCGACUUCGAGACAGUCUUGA